AUGUUCAUCUCGGAUGAAUGGAAGGAAAGCAAGUGCUCAAAGACAAGAGAUGGAAAAAACAUUGAAAAUAUUUUGGAUAAAACAUUUUGGGGAAACAUUAUCCAUUGCUUGAGAUGUGCUUAUCCUCUUCUUCAUGUGCUUCGUAUAGUGGAUUCAGAGGGUAAGGCAGCUAUGGGAUAUAUGUAUUCUGAAAUUGAUCGUGCUAAAGAAAAGAUUAAAGAUGCUUUUCAAAGUGUUGAACUAAUAAAACUAGUUGAGUAUGAUGUUAAAAAAGGACUUUAUGAUUGUUUGGAUAUACUUGUGAGAGAUCCUGCACUCAUUACAAUUAUUGAUAGUCAACUUGAAGAUUUCAAGAGUAAGGCUAAAUUUUUUGGUAGAGAUGUUGCCAAGAAUGCUCUCAAAACUAAAACACCCUCACAAUGGUGGGAUUCUUAUGGAGAUGAACAUCCAGAACUUCAAAAGUUUGCUAUCCGUGUCUUGAGUUUGACUUGUAGUUCAUCAGGAUGUGAGCGUAAUUGGAGUGCUUUUGAGAUGGUUCACACGAAAAGAAGAAAUCGUUUGAAGACAAGCACAAGGAAUGAUGUUGUUUUUGUGAUGACUAAUUCAAGAUUGGCAAGGAAAAAGCCAUCAAGAAAUACUGCUGAUUAUAGCCUUGAAGACUUGGAUUCAGAUGAAGAAUGGAUUGUGGAAGAUGAAAAUAUGAUGGAAAAUAUGGAAGAAUUUGACACACAAAAUGAUGUAAACUUAGCCCCUCAAGAAGAUAGAGAUUCUCUUGACGUUUUGCACAUUUUAAAAAAUCCGGCAAAUGGGCUAAAUUGUGAUGUGGUUGAUAUUCUUCAGAAGAUACAGGAGCUUCUAUCAAGACCUUGGGUUGUGGAUUUUGAAUGGAUUACCCGUGAUGCUAACGCUGUGGCAGAUUGA